AUAACAACAGCUGGCAGUAGAAAGAGAGAGAUAGCAAAGAGCAGGCAGAGCAGGAACAAUCAUCUGCAGAGUAGCUGUACAGUGUAGACAUCACCGCUUUUGCUGCUGCUUUCUGUAAGAAAACACACCAGCGACUUCUCCGAGUUUCACACGGCUCAAGGCGCAUGCUCAGACUAACUGACAGUGCAGUUAUUUGAUUCAGGAACUGAGAGGUGAGUACAGUAAGGACUGUCAGAAAAUGCAGAAAAAAUAUGUCCUGGUAGGACUUUGGGGCUUUUGUUGUUGUGUCAAAGCCAGCUAACGCGUUAGCCCCACUCGGACCACUAAUAAACGCCGUUUUUAUGAACGUUAAAUGAAGAAUCUUUACGUUGGGAGCAGUUUGAGAGGAGCUAGCUUCUAUCUUUACGCAAAUAACAGUGUGUUGGUUGUGCAUUAACCCUGCAGACAUCGAUUUUCGCAGUCAUUGGCUUGUAGAGAUACUUUAAACAAGAACCCUAGCUUAUUUCUCGGUGUGCACAGUUGUUUUCGUGGGAAAGCCAGGAAUAUUUUACAGUUUUUACGGCAUAAACGGCACCCAAAGCUGAGUGACAUCUAGUGUUACGUGCGACUCUGUAUUGCUGAACAUCGACCCCCCUCUCUCAGGACUAACCUGAGGCAACAAAGCCAGACCCAACUUAUCUUUAGCCUUCUUCCUCUGGCUGUGUGCAGUGCAGUUGUGCAGCUUUACUGACUGCUUGGUGUGAGGCUUUCGGAACCAGAGCUUCCCGCAGAACCCGCAGGACCCAUUACUAUGUAGCCUCUGAGACAGACGUGUGGUUUGGUGUUAUUACAGGUUUAUUUGACGAUGCUUCAAAUAUUCGGGAGAACAGAGUCCCAUUCUGUUCUCAGUAUAGCACUAGAGUGACUGGAGCUCUGCUGUAAGUCUCUCCCAUUAAGCUGUUGAGUCAACACUGAUGACAAUGUUUUGAUACUCUGCUGCAAACUCAGUUACCCUGUUGACAGGUCUCCUCUUCCCCGUAUCUGACUCUCAUUUGCAUUUCUGCUGGCAACAAGAAGAAGAAGAAAGCUGACCCCCUGCUUUUCCUUCCUGCAGCACAGCCUCUUUCUCCACUCCAGUGUCAGCAGCACAGAAGGAAAAGGGGAAAAAAAACCAGACAACUCAGACCAUUUAACAGAAAAGGCCAAGACUAGGCUUAAAGCCAGCUACUUCUCAGAGCGUUUACAUAUUGAUCUUUUUCAUCUUUGCACCCAUUUUGUUGGUCUUAGCGUGAAUAACCUUCUGCAUCAACAAAACAGGGAUUUGAUUUCAUGUCAACAAAAAUAACUGAUGCAAAAUUGUCUCACUUAUCAGGUUAAAUCUGACUUGGUGAAGACUAUAUGAUCUUUGCUAGGCCAAACUAACACAACUCAUGAUAACUGAACUCUAGUGAUCUGACCUCUUUGUGUGUUUAUCCUGCCUUGUCUUCUGCUCAGUUUGGGGCACCACGGGAAAGUCGCUCAUUGAUUUAUUGAUGAUGAUUAAACUGUUGUUGUUGUGACCUACUGAUCAGUAUUUAGCUCAUGUCCUCACUGUCACUGCACAAACUUAACCAAAUAGUUAUAACUAAAUAAAGUCUGGUCAUAUUUUGUUGUUCCUGCUGACAGGAGAGUCACAACUGAAACUGGUCUUAAAACCAACAACAUUACCCCAACAAGCUGUUAUAACUGGAUUGAAAUGCUUUAUCUCUUCUCUUUGGCCCCCUCGUAAUCUCUCUCUUUCUCUUUCUCUCUCUCUCUCUUCACAGACUCUGAAAGGUUUUAAAAAUGACUACUUCCUGGAGCGACAGACUGCAGAACUAUGCAGACAUGCCUGCCAACAUGGACGGCCUGGCAAUGAAGAAAUACAGAAGGGAAGCAUACCACAGGUAAGAAACACACAUGGAGGUACUGCACGCAUUUCUGUUCAUCUGUAACUGCUUCCAGAUGGGAUACUUGAGCCUUUUAAGAUGUAAACUGAGAAGCCAGACAAAAAAAAAACACCCCCCUGUUGUUCUGUGAACAUCAUUUACUCUGAAAUUCAACUGCUGAUAUACUACAAAUACUCUAACUUUGAAAGUUUGUUGGAGUUGUUUCAAAGACUUUUCCUACAAAGGGUGGUGUUGCAUAAAUUUCUUUGUCAUGUCCAUGUAAUGUAUUGAACGCUGAGUCAGCUGCAGGAGCGGCAAGGAUAGUUUUUAGAAAGAUAAGGACACUGAACAACAUGGAGGUAUCAUCUAAAACUUCAACAAGUGAAUCACAUUCCUAACUUUAAAAUGCUGGAAUUCAUGUCAAAUUAAGAUUAGUUUUAUUAAAGGUCAAAAUUAGCUAAAGUGAUAUAAAUAGUUGACCUUUUCAUGCAGCUUGAUGUGUUUUCCAUCCCAUUUCCAUUUCCUCUCAUUGGUUGAUGAAUAGCUAUCAGUAACAUUACUCAGACAGAUAAGAGAUUAAAGGCUGCUGACUUUAUAUGGUCUUUAAUGGCCGCAUGGCCCUGCAUGGCCUCCCCAAUUAUCAGUAACACAGUUCUGAGAAUGAAGGGAAAGAGGAAGAGGGUUCUUAUAUUUUCACUCCCAUCAAUUUAUGCCUGGAUAAAUCACCAAAGAUAUAUUUGCCUCCUGUCACUGUAACUUCACUUCAUGAGAAAUGAUAUCUGCUUUCUUUGAAUCAGAAAUCAUUCACACAGGGUUUCCCCAGAAAUGCUGUUGAGAGCUGAACAACAGAAGCUUUUUUGUGAACACUGACAUGACCCAUGUCCUCAUAUUGAUUAUGGGACUUCUUUGCUCAGCUGAACUUUUAAGUUUGCGACGUAAUUGACAUUUUGAAAGAGUGAAAUGUUGUCGAGCGACCUUAUAACUUGAGAUAGUUAUGUGGUUGGUUGUAAGGUGUGAGUGGACAGUUGUAUCAUUGUUUCUCAGUAUUUAUGAGUCAGUCUGUCAUCACAGGAGCUCUAAUUUAAAGACAAGGAUCUCAAUAAUGACUGAUUAUUAGGUUGUUGGGUUAUGUUUAAAUGUUUUUAAUGAUUUCUUAUAUAUGUCUACUGCCUCGCUUCUCAAACUUUGUGUCAUUGAAUUUAGCAGAACCAUGACUGGGUUUUGUCAUGAUCACAAACCUAUGUGAUCUUGACCUGAGAUCAAAAGCAGGCUUUGCUGCCUCAGAUUGAACUUACACUCCUCUGUGUUGGGCGGGGUUUUCAGACUGUUAUGAAAAAUUCCACCCUGCCUCAUGGCAAAAUGUCACCAGGCUGUUGAGGUCAUGGGAGUGGGUGCUUGAAUCCAAAGCUUGUUGUUAACUUGAAAGGCCAAUGAGGCUCUUCACGUUAACCCAAUAUCAGUUUAACUUUGUUAGUUGUUUGUCAAGCAGCACAACAGAGGAAUCUUGUUGUAGUUGCUGUCAUUGUUUCUGCAACUUAUGACUGGAAACAUCCUGCAGUUAUACUGGGAGUAAAGCUUUAUGGGAUUUUUCUCCCUUGUUAAAGCAGUAAAACGUGUGUAGCUGUUUAAUGUUUAACUCAGCCUAAGACAUGCAUGUCCACUGGGCACUGCUGUUCUUUCACACCAUUAUGUAAUAUGGAAUGCUCACAGCGUUUAUGGAACUGUCUCUCAUCUGUCAGCUGUGUGUGCUGUGCUGACACAAGUCAUCCGGGCCAUGAUCUCCUCUACCUCCCCCACCCUCCCCGGACAGAUAAAUGCCAUUACUUGUAUGUGCAAAGUGCAAAAAGAUACAAAGAUGUUGCACAACUCACUCAAAGCAAUACUUUUGUUUGAUCAAAUGCGACACGUGCUGUAAUUUUUUAAUGAAGGAGACAUUAAAGGGGACUUUUUGUUUGUCUCCCCGGAAGACAAAAGGACUCUUCCUUCUAAGUAGAAGCUCAGCCCGAGCAAUGCAGCCUGAUAGUGAGCUUUGUCUCACAUAGCAGAGGGCUUACGACUCUGCCCGGCACAGAUAAACUUUCUAUCACAGAGAGUCAAAUCACUGUCUUCACGAGAUUAGAGAGCAGUGGAAAAAAUCUGUCCGACCGCGGCUCAGCUGUGCUCAGAUAAGGUAAAAAUUGUGAAGGGAUCCUAAUGUAGGUGUGGUGCGGCCCAUGAGGACUGUUUGAAGCAGUAGUGCUGUCAGCAGGACCAAAGUCGAGGCUGACUCAAGUAAACAAGUCAUCCCCAACCCCCCUACCCAUUGUCAAUACUGUUGAUUUGGGAGAGGCAUGAUCUUCCCUCUUAUCAUUUGUAGUUGGCUUUUACUGCCCCCCUCCACAGGGACUGGGCAGUAGAUCACAUGGAAAAUGAAAGCAGCACAACAAAACACAAAAGGUUUAGAUUUUAAUCCUGUGCUGGGAAAAGCUCAGCUUCAACCUGCUUUACUGACAAUGAAGUAGCACUUUUGUUUUCAUCGCCUUAGACAACUUUGGGAACUGAAUUAGGACAUGGUUAUCUGCAUUUCAUAAGCAACUGAAUACAUACAUCAAUUAGUAUGACUGCAUACUAAAUAUUGAUAUUUAUAUGCCGUUGAACUCAUACUUUUGAAAUAAGUAGAAUUUGAGUUUGACAAAUAUAAAAACUUUUAGAAAAUGUCACUUUUUGGUUUUGAGGUUCAUCAUUUCAGCUUUUCUGGGAUCAAUUGACCUGAAUUUUGAGAUUCUUAUUCGCCCAUGAUUGAUUGUUUGUUCCCACUUAUCUGAGUAUUAUAAAAUCUUCUGUUUCACAUAAGUUGUCCAAUUUAUUCCCCCUAAAUUAAACCAAUUCAAGCAAUCUCACUUGAGCAUAUGUGUCUAAGUAUACACCCUAUUCUUCCUCUGAUAAAUUUAAACAUCACUAUUAUGAAGCCAACACCACUUUUUUAAAAUUUACAAGUGGUUACAUUUUGCAAUGACAGCUCCAUUAGGUCCGCCCGGUAUUAUUAAAUUGCAAACUGAAAAGUUGCUUCAAAAACAGGAAGUGUUUACAUCGCACAGAUCUCAGUACGACAAGCAGCUGUUGCCCCAAUGUCGGGGCUUGCUUGAUUCUACCUGACUUGUGAUUGUUCUGGAUGUCUUUGAGGGCCUGCAAACAUCAUGCUGCACAACAACAACCCUGACUGACAGCACACAACAACAGAGAAUGACGCGGAAUGGCCACAAUCAUUUUUGCAACAAGUCAGAAAAUGUCUGAAUGGCAAGAAAGCAAAGAGAGAGAGGGGUGGGGGCAUUGUUUGUGGGCCAGAGCUGUCCUGUGCCGCUGGGGCAGCUCACAGUCAAACUGUGGUUUAAUUUCGCACAGAAUGCAUCGCCAGUCGUCUGCUGGACUAAGAUCUAAAUGGGAACUUGUUCACUAUGGAUCUGCAGCCAGGUAAUUUACAGCUGAUUAAGAUAUUUGUGAGGAUGUCGAGGUCAUUGUCACAGAUUACUUACCGGAUUAGCUGACAGAGCGGGGUUUGUGUAUCAGAUUGUUUUGCUGGUUGUGACAGACAUACAGCCGUUUAGUUUUUUGUCUACGGUGUCAUUUUCUUUCUCCUGAUUUACAUCUUUCUACAUCAUGAUAAAUAUUGACUUAUGUGGAAAUGUCCAGGAGCACAGCUACAUGUCGAGUUCAGUCACUGAUGUUGGAGAUAAGCUGUGUGAGUCUGUGCCAACAGGCACAGUUAAGCUUGCAGUGUGUCUGUCUGCUCUGUGAGGCUGAGGCUGUGUCAACCAGACUAUGUAAACACCGUCUAUCACUGUGGGCACCAUGGACCCCCGAUCCGCGGACUGAUUUAUGAGUCAGCUAGGUUUUAUUUGCCCCUAGGUUUGGAGCUUUUGUUUUAUUUCCUGUGGUUUUAACAACCGCUCUGUUGAAAACUUGUGGUCUUCCUUAAAAACUCUGAGUUCUUUUAGAAAACUUAGAUUUCAGUGACACAGCAGUGUGAAAUCACAAGGUUAGAGUCAAAAACCUGCUCUUUGGAGGGGGUUUCCAGAAAAGAAGAAAGAAUAAUAUAACAAGAUAUAUGAUACAAUAUGUUAUAUGAUAUCUGAUUGUUUUUUAAUGUUCCCCCAUUUGUCAGAUCAUAAAUAUCACGACCAAUGAUCUCAGCUGCUGUCUUUAUGAUUUUCACCUCUUUGAACAAGAUUUGUUGGUAACAGAGAAAAGCCGCCCCAACUGCAAAUUAUCUCUAAACAAGACAGCAAGAAGAAAAGUUUAUCUAAACUUUACUCAUAACUUCAACAACAGUAAUCAAGCUCUCAUCAAAUUCAGGGUAGAAUAGUCCUCAUGACACAUUGUUUUAAGUAUGUCAGUCUAUACAGUCAGAGAAACCCGUGCUAAUCAUGUUUCCUUUGACUAUUUGUUUAUGAUUGUUAAUCGCAUUGUCUGAUAAUGUGUGAACUAAAACCUCUUCCUCUACUUGUUGUCUCCAGAGUGUUUGUCAACAGAAGCUUGGCCAUGGAGAAGAUUAAGUGCUUUGGCUUUGAUAUGGAUUACACUUUAGCAGGUAAGCUGCACACACAUUAAUCUAAUUUAGCACCUCCAGCUCUGCAGCGAAACAGUCUCUCUGUCAGUCACUUGAUCUUUUCAUUGAAACUAAGACGUGUUUGUUGCUUACAGUCUUUUGCAACAUUCGUGUGAGGAUCUAAAUCUUCUCAUUAACUUCUUAACAUUCAUAUUGGGUCUUUUGGGGGUCCUGAUAGCAGCCUGAGUACAUGAAUGAAUAUUGAAGAUAACUGUAGCACCAAAAUAACAAAUUGUUAUAACUACUUUAAAAUGGACUGUACCUGUGUAUGGUCCAAGUUGGCGAGAGAUUCAGUUACAUUGAGUACAUUAGUAAUCUAUCCAAACAACACCUUUGUAUGUACACUUACUGUAUGUUUUUUUGGUUCGUCAACCACACAGUCUAAAAAACAAAUCUCUAACUGCAAACUUAAACCCUUUGAAAACAACAUGUAAAGUGUAGCUCUCUACAGCAUGGACUACAGAGAUGCUACUGACCUGUAAGUAGGGCAAAGACACUCUUAUUUUCUUGCCACUUUGCUCUGUGACUAAGCUCCAGUUUUUGGUGCCCCUAACUAUAAAUACACAAUCCCUGACUUUGAAAAGAGGUCGGGUUUGUUUGUUGAUUUUAUCAGUGAUGGCUCCUUUGAGGCUGGGGAUCACUGGUAGUCCCUGUCUGUCUCUGUACCCCCCAUCCCUCUUCAUAGUUCAUGGGAUUUUACAGCCAGUCAGCUGUUGACAUGAUUCUCUUUAUGGGAGCACAUAACCAAGUGCUAAUGUUUGCUAGAGGCAUGGGUAUCAAGUAUCUCUUGGAGGGUGUUCAGCUUUUAACCACAGGCAGACAGACUUCGUCAACCCCAGCAGUGUCACAGAAAGGUUGCUGCUUAACCACAGCACUCUGGCCUGCUGCACUGUUUGUUUUUAGAGGGUGUUAGAGGCAGUUCAGAUGUGCCAAGCGUUUAAAUUGUAUGGUUUCUAAGUUUGACUUUGGAUUUUAAAAUCAUGCCAGAAAUAUUAUGCCAAAUAUGAGGAAGGUUAUACAACAUUUAAGCAAACACAGGGACUUGUUUCUACAAAAAAGUGCUCCAAAGUUUGGAUUUUAUCGGUAGAUAAGAUAUGUCACAGACAGGAUUCAUUGUCUGCUUUUUGUCGACUCCCUAUUCAAAGUUGAUCUCUACCACCUUCCUCAGCCAGUCAGAAAAAGAGCAGCUGUGGGUAAUGAGCUUGAGACUCACUGAGAAAAGAACAUUUUUAUUUUCUUGAUAGUGCCACAGUGGAUUUAAUACACUUCCGCACAAUCCUGCCCUAGCUGGAUUUUGUGUUAAUCCAGUGAAAGCUCUACUUCAUCCGGCUUGCUAUGGCUUCUCUCAGAGGCAAGAAAUGGAGAGAGCUAUGAAACUGGGUCGAUUGAAGGUCCAACCUGUGCUCUGUUGCCUCAGGGGCUACGCACCACCAGCCAAAAACCACACAGUGAAAUGAGCAAAAUUAUAAGAUUUAUAAACAGUUUUACUCCAAACCAAAUUAUACUGAGUAAUAACCUGUUAAGAUAUCAGGGCUAAAUAAACAACAAUAAGGUUUAAAGUUCAUGAUAAAAUCAGCUGGGAGUAGUUAAUCUACUUUAUUGGGGUUUUGUAGGUGUGUGUCGUAGUUUGAUUAGACGUGACUUACAAUAGGAGAUACUUGAACUCUGAAGGUUCAUGACGUCACCUUCUCUGACAGCGAUGAGCUCCACCUGAUUCAGUCUAUGCAGCUCACAGUACUGCUGUUUUAUAAAACACUUUAUACACACUUCAUCGUACAGAUGCAUGACGAGAUUAAGAGCUGCCCAGUCGAUGCAUAGAUAGUUAAAAUAAAGCAAAACAGACGAGGUAAUAUAAAUUACAUAUACGCAAAACAAACACAAAUAGUGCAAAUCAAAUGAAUGUAUUUAAAUCAUGCACAUUCUGGUUGUGUUGUCAAACACACAAAAACUAACAUAACUAUGAAUUUUGCAAACAUAUUUGCAUGCUUUUGUUUGCUGCCCUUUAGAUCAUAAGAGGUGAAGCUUAACUUUGGCGUCCGAACGCAGUUCUCAUUAAAGCGCUGACCUUUACUCAUCACCCAAACACUUGACAGAAGAUCAGGCUCUGUAACUUCAAAUGAGCCAUUUGAACUUACCUUUGUCGACUAUCAUAUCUCUUAUUUGGAAAUGUUUUGUAAUUUUUCUAACUUCAGAUAACAUUUCCUCAUCUUGUCUUCUUUGGUCCAAAAGGGAACAUGUGAUAACCUGCAGAAAAUGUUACUCAAGCACACAUUAAGGCCCAGAUUGCAUUGAGAGAUAUAUCCACUUUUGUCCUAGUUUUCCACCAGACUUUUGGCUGGAAUGUGGGCCCUCGAGGCUGCGGGUAAAGUCUCUCAUUUUUCCACAAUAUGCUCGAUAAUGUCAUGAAUCUGUGACAAAAGCCCACAAUAGCAUAUUAGUGACUACAUGUGAAUGAAAAUAGACUGACAUGGUUCAGAUAAAGUCCUCGUGUGGGAGAAUGUCAUGUGAUUUGGUCUUGGUGGUUAAUUUGUAAAAGAGUGCACGUGUUGUUUAUCUUGUGUUAGGAGUGUAUGUUACAUGUAGGCCUGAGGUCGCCUUUGCCUAUGAACUGAGGAGACACACAUACACACUGACACACACACACACUGACACAUACUCAACAGCAAUUGGUCCAACAGGAGUAUAAUUAGCUGACAACAAUCUCAUCAUAGAUCCAGAGUAACAGAUACUCGAGGCGAAGGCCGCUUCUCCCCUCUGGCCUGUUGUGUGUAAAUGCAUUCAUGUUCAUACUGACAGUGUGAGAAAUAGCAGACGGGGGGGAACAUGGUACCCACGUUCCACAAGCAGAAAAUACAAGAGAGUCAAGGACGCUCGAGGAGACAAUAACACAACUUCAGGGCUGCACACAAGUGCUGCAAACAUGAAGUUUUAAUAACCUCUUUUUUGUAACGGAUGUAUCAUGCAACUUCCCACCAAUGUGGCUUUCAUGGAAGAAGUUCUCCAAAAACAACCAUACGGGCUGCUUCUCGAGGCUUCAGACACGUGAAAUAGUGACAGGCGUCUUGAAUUACGCGUGACAAGGAUACCAUGUAGGCCCUGAGUGUCACGUGUCGGCUUGUUGUUGAAGUUGUCCCAAAGUAAAAACACUUUGAAAAGAGACUUGACAAAAGAGAAGUUCAGUGAUUUUGAGUGCUGGUAAGUCUUUUAAGCCUAACAAGAGAGGUUCACUGUGUUUUUCUCUGUGGACUCUUCCGCCUGAUCUGAGGGGGCGGGGCUAAAUCAAAACAAGCAGCAGAAGUUGUACCUUUUGUCUUAUCAGUGCUCUCGUUCUGUUCUUGUUUGAGCAGCACUUUCUGUUAAAAAGUCUUAUUCUUGUUUGUUUUAACAGUCAUCACCCCCCAAAACAACCUUGCUCUGGUGGAAUGGCUGUUAUUCCUGUGUGCAGUUAAAAACCUUGUCUUACAUCGACUCUGUGGCAGCAGUAACAAAAACUCUUCCUGGCUUUUGGCCUGUCAAUAUACUGUGUCUUCAGUUUAGUGCAGUAGUAAAUGUCUUUCCUGAACCAUGAGAUGGCUUUAUUUUUAAGCCGUGUGGGUGUACCACACUGCUCUCCUUGGGUUAACACGUGGACAAAGACGCCCAUAGAAGUAAGAAAGAGAGAGUGAUGACAGUAAAGGUGAAAGAGGAUGGCAAAUGAGGGAAAAAGGAGGAAGAAGAGGCAGGAUGAAUGAGAGGAAAGGCAAUUUAGUUGGUGAGGCUGCUGCUCUGGGCAGAGCGCCCAAUCUGCGAGUUUACUUGGAGACCACGACGGGGGGAGCUGUGGGAAGUUACGUGAUGGUAAUUCAGAAACAGGCUUUGGCUUACAGAGUAGGGGUGUCAACAAAAGGACUAAGCUUUCCCGAACCCGAGAUUUUUGUGUGGCUCAGUGUGGUCUCAUUAUGCUUCUGUGUGAAACCCGACGUUAGAUUCACCCUUUACUUUUGCAGAGUAGGACACAGAUGUUUUCCUGUUUGUCCUCCAGUGCUGACCCCAGCUAUCUGUCCUUUAUACAAACAUCAUCAGCCAAUAUUUCUUCCCCUCCUGGGACCUUGAACCCCCCCACUGCGAGUGUAGAAAGCAGGCGACAACACAAGCGCAUUCUCUGUUUUGUAUUUAUAACAUCUGACAUAUUUUUUUCCCCAGUGUCAGAUAGCAUUUUAAUCCUCUGCCAGCCUUUUCUUAGCCCAGCAUCAGUCUGUGUUUUUAUUUUCAGAGCCCCCUCAUUGGUUUAGGUUUAGCUCAGGGCUAAAUAUCUGACAGUGACAGGGUGGGGGCUCAUGGGUCUUUGCUGGGGCUCAGUAGACCUGCUGCUGAAAGUUGAGUGAUUUCUCAUUCCCCAUGCCUGAUCCUGUUCCUGGGUGGAUUUGUGUUUGGAACAUUAGGGACCUUGUUGACGGCAAGGAGAGAGAAGGGCAGUGGGUUUGGGUGGGGGUGGGCAUAUUGUUAUCAAGAUAGUGAAACAUCACAGCAGAUUAUCAAGCGGAUGAGGUAACCUUAGGAAAGUCACACAUGUGCGUUGCAUAACAUGAGCAGACUCUCCUGACUGCAUGUCACCUCUGAUGUUUGCUUUAUAAUCACGGCUUCACCCACAGGUCAGCCUCCUAAACUGUAUACAAACUAGUGUUUAUGUAAAUGCUGCAUGCAUGCAGUCCAUGUGUUGCACCAGCCCUGCUGUCAGUCUGAUACUGACUUUCUAGAGGGUGAAGUUAGUCUUUGACAGGAUGAGAUAAUGUCUCCUUGUGGGCUUGUUUCGUUUAACGGAAAUUAUUCUCAGAUCUGUUCCAAAGCCUGUGCACACCUUAUUUCUUGUAUUGACAUUAUUUUAUAGUUUUUUUUUAAUUAUAAAACUGUUUUAUAAUACUGUUUGUAAAAGUCUGAAUUUCUGGUCUCAUGUAAAACCCAGUGAUCAACAGUUAUCAGCUGCAUACACUAGAGGUGGGAGAAAAAAAUUAAUACAGCAUAGUAUCGCGAUAUUCUGUCUGGUGAUAUAUCGUGUCGUCUCAUUUACCAAGUAUGGUUUUGUCAAAUUAAUUGCGAAUAUGAAGUCAAAUCUAUGAUAAUGGAAAAAUAAAAUCAACUGUUUUUCCAGAGAGGUUGGCAGAGGUGACAUCGUAAAACAGGAGAAAGUUAGUACAACAAAUAUGUAGAUAAGCUUUGCAAGAUGUGCUAUAUGAAAAUAAAAUACAGUUUAAAUAAGACAAACAUAAAGGAAAGACAAAUGCUAAACAGUUGAAAAAAAUGUAUAAAUCGUAACAUAUUGUAUCACAAUACUCACUGUAUUGCAAAAUGUUAAAAAUCGCAAUAAUAUCGUAUCGUGGCCCAAGUAUCGUGAUAAUAUCGUAUCGUGAUUCCCACCCCUAACAUACACUGGAAAGGUACAAAUGUGAUUCUGCCUACAUUGUGGUUUCUGCAUAACUGUAAUUUUAAGACACCAUCCAAAUGUUUGUUUCGUUCCAGUGUACAAGUCUCCAGAAUACGAGUCACUGGGGUUUGAGCUCACGGUGGAGCGGCUGGUUUCCAUCGGUUACCCCCAGGAGCUGCUCAGCUUUGUUUAUGACCCAUCAUUUCCCACAAGGUGAGAGCAAACCACAACCAGCCAUUCACACAUGAUGAUAAUGAGGGAGAUGAUGUUGACGGCUGUCAGGAUAAUGCCCAGCUGAUGCUUCCAUUACCUCAUCUGUCAUAUCUUCAUCUCCUCUCUGAGGUUACUCGAAGGAUGUGAGACAAGGGAAAAACUGCCGUAAUCAUAUCACAUAUAUAUCCAAUAAAAAUCUGUUUCACACUGUUAUUUAGAUUUACAUUUAAUUUCUUCUUACUUUCAGAGGCCUUGUCUUCGAUACCAUGUACGGAAACCUGCUGAAGGUUGACGCUUAUGGUAAUAUCCUAGUGUGUGUCCAUGGGUUCAACUUCCUCCGAGGGUAAGUGAUUGUAACAUUCCCCCUCAUACACACAAGGCUCCAGCCUUUACAGUGGAUUUUCAGUUUUACUCCAAAUCAACUUUUGUUCGGUUUUUAUAUGAAAAGUGAGGAAAAUAAAACAUGAAAAGUGCAGACUCAAUUUAGUAUUUUUCUCUUUUCCCAGCCCUGAGAUCCGUGAACGGUACCCAAACAAGUUCAUCCAGAGGGAUGACACAGAGCGCUUUUAUAUCCUUAACACACUCUUCAACCUGCCAGGUAAGGUCUGGAGACUGAGGGUAUUGACGUGGGACUGUGAAAGAGAAAUUUAAUGAGCAAGGACAAAGGCUUAUCCUAGUUGAAAUCUGCAGAAGCGACGGCCUCUCCUCAUUAUUCUGUCUUCUCCACAGAGACCUACCUCUUUGCCUGCCUGGUGGAUUUCUUCUCCAACUGUGACAGAUACACAAGGUAGGCAACUGUUGGUACCACUUUCUAUCAUGCAACAAGUUUCUGGGCACCUCAUGGUGACACAAAGACAAAUGCGAGCCAAACUGGGUCAAGAGGAAGCCCUACAGCAUGGGAGGGUCCAGGUGUCUCAAUGCUAAUCCAAGCUAAUUGUUUAAAAAUCAAAAUCAAAUGGAAGCUCUGUCAAAAAAAUCAAACUUAUUCUAUAACAAUGAUUAAUUAAUCUCCCUACUAAUUGUAGAGAAGCAUGGAUUCUCAUCAGAGUGAGAUAGGAAUGAAACUUGUCCUCACUAAUUAUUGACAAAGAAUAAAACUUGAUGAAACUACGGGAUAAUCGUAAAAAUGUCAGUGUAAAGAAGAGAUACGAGGGCCUGUAAAUUUGUUGAGGAUGUAAUCUGGAAUGGCUGCAUGUCCUUUGUCCUCUGAAACCUGGUUGUUGGUCUUUUAGGGGGAGAAUGCUUUCCUGUUUGGCUGGGGACCCCUCCAACAAGGGAAGGCUAUCCCAUUUAAAAGCAAACAAAAAACAAAUGUCAUGCUUUUGAAAGACUUCUGUAAAAAUGUGGCCUCUCCGACGGCUCUGUACGCGUGUGUGUCUGCUCCUCUCCUUAGCUGUGAAACCGGCUUCAAGAACGGCGAUCUCUUCAUGUCCUACAAGAGCAUGUUCCAAGACGUCCGUGACGCAGUUGACUGGAUCCACUUCAAGGUAAGACACCUUAGAUAGUAGAGCUGGGAUGAUAUGCUUAUCUCCCGAUUCGAUUCUUCUACGAUUUUUUUUGGAUGCCGAUUCAAUUUAAAUUGCGAUUCUACAAUAUUCUACGAUAUUCUACGAUAUUCUACGAUAUUCUCGAUUUUCUUGAUUUUUAGUCUGCAUUUUUAACACCAGUGAAACAGUUGAAGGAUUGUGAUUGUCUACUGACUAUUCCGGUAAUCAUAUUUCCCUUAAAAAUACACAUCACAUGUAAGUCAGUUUUUAAGAUUUACUCUUAAAUUUGAAAAAAAAAAGAUUUUUGAACAUAAAAAUUUAUUUAAAAUUGCAAAACAAAAAAUUGCGAUACUAUGUGAAUCCAUUUUUUCUUCUACCCCUAUUAGAUAGCUGUCUACGCUUUUUACUUACUGAUUCACACUUUUAUAAACUUUUAUAUACGUACGCUAUCUGUUUCCAUGGUGACAAUCAAUCUUGCAAAACAGAUAUCACUGUUUUUUAUUACUACUGAUACAUGACAAAGUUGGAUUUUUACUGUCUUGUUAAACCCUGUGUUUAUUGUCCCAUAAUAUUUUGGUCUUUACAUGAGAAAAAGAAAUACAACUAAGUCCCUCCUUUUAAAGGCAAUGUCAGAUUUAAAACUUACGUUUUUACAAGAGCUUUAAAAAAACUCCCAUCUACGAAGAAAUUCACCAAAAAUCAGAACUCUUAGUCAUCUUGUCAAAGAGUGUCAAAAGUGCAAGUCUUUUUCUUUAGGAACCAUGAUCAUUUUGAAAUCUAUCCAACAUCAACCUGUCAAGGGGAAAACUAUCCAGAUGGCGGCCAUAGACAGAGGGUCAGAGAGUCAUCCAAGCCAUAAAUAGUCGUCCUGUGGGGCUAUUAGUAUCCAAGAUACUCAGAAGAGAACUGUGCAAGGAAAGCAGCCAAAACAUCUGUGCUGGAGCAGAAAUGCUGUCAGGAUGUUCUGCUGGUCUAGUGGUUGUGCUGAGAGUCAAACAUUCCCAGUUUCAUUCUGAACAUUUGCAAAGCAUCAAGAAAUGUCAUCAUUAAGUAUACAAUUAACAAAGAACCGUGUUGAAUAUGUAUGUAUAAAUAUAUAUUGUAUUAGAUAUUUGGGUAUUUGCCUUUAUCAGAUAGAACAGCUGAAGUGAGACAGGAAAUGUAGGGAGCAAAGAGCAAAGGAAGACAUGCAGCAAAGGGUCACGGCUGGGAGCCAGAGACUCCUGGGACCAGGACCACAGUCCCUUACACGUCACAACUGCAAGGCCUUUGGUGUCCCAGUAAAUGUGUAUUUACAGAGAAAUACUGUAGCUUUGAGGAAAUAAGGAAGAGAGUGACAGCUGUAAGCAACGAAAGCCCCAGUGGGUAACAUCAAAGAUUUGAUUUGAAAAAUGGAUAAUUGCAAGAACUGUGAGAUAUGAAUGUCUUACCUGUGAGUAUGUAAAAAACUCAACCUGUCAGAGUGAACUUACACAUAACAUGUUAAUCACUGUGCCUCUGUACAGCAUCAUCCGGCGUCUCUCUGUGUGGGCGGUUCUCUCUUGCCCUUUCUCCCCACCACUACAUACCACUAUUUCACUUGUGUUAUUGAUCAGCUGUCAGCGCCUCUGUCCUUAACUGACUAGGACAUGCAGUUUCAGCGACAAUGGUUGGCGUUCAUCUUUGGCGUGUCAUUCGCAGGGAUGGGCUCAGCAGAGGGAGAGACAGCAGUUUUGUUUCCACUGGAAUAUUUAUGUCGCAUAUUGCCACUUUAAUGUGCUCUGUAUGGAGACUUGUGAAAAAAAGGAGCUGUAUUGAUCGAUGAUCUGUACAAUUUGUUUGCAACUCACGCAGAGUUGGGUUUUAAGCUUCUUCCAUUGAGGUGAAAAUAUGCGAGUCCUGUGAUUCUAUUACUGCUGUCUCACUAACAGAGAAAUCACAAGUCCUCACACGCUCUGUGUGGGUUGUCACUGACGACUGUCACUAAACUGUUACCAAAUAAAACAAGUACUAUUUAUAUUUUCAACUCGAGAAGGUGUUAUUUGUACAGGCUGUAAUUUCAUUCGGAUAUGUGCUUCCAGUGUCCGUCUGAUUACUGUGUUUUAUGUCUCAGGGUACUCUGAAGGAGAAGACAGUGGAGAACCUGGAGAAGUAUGUAGUUAGAGAUGUAAGUACUCUGUGUUCAUUGCUACAAAUGUACUGCAUUGAAGACCACACACACAUCUAUCCACAUGAACAAACUUUGAAUCACACACUAUUGCUUUGCUCUGUGAAGAGGUGGGUUUGUAAAGAUGCUGAGAGCAGCAGUCUUAUUCUUCCCUUUUUUUCCCCCUCCGGUUCCCACCAGGGGAAGCUGCCUCUUCUUCUCAGCCGAAUGAAUGAAGUUGCCAAGGUUUUCUUGGCAACCAACAGCGACUACAAAUACACUGAUGUGAGUACAGACUGCAGUAAUGGUAGAGGCUUCGCUUCUCAGGGGAAAACAGUAAUAAGGGCAUUAAGACAUUGUGUUUCGUAGAUUGGAGUCUGUGUUUAAAACACUAACAUGAAUGUAUCACCUCCAAACAUGGCUGCACUUUGUUGAACUGUACAUUGGUGUGUUCCUACAGAAAAUCAUGACCUACCUGUUUGACUUCCCACAUGGCCCUAAGGUAAAUCCACGUGUCUUUUCCCCUCUCUCUCUCUCUCUUUGCUUGUCUUGAAAAAGUAAUUUACUUAAUGACUCGUUUGUUUCUGUGUGUUUUUUUUCCACCACAGCCCGGAACGUCACACCGACCCUGGCAGUCCUACUUUGAUCUGAUCCUGGUGGAUGCCAGGAAGCCUCUGUUCUUUGGAGAGGGGACAGUGCUCAGACAAGUUGACACGGUGAGGACACUAGGAGGAGAGAGGAGACAUGGCUUGCAGCUGCGAAGCAAGCAAACACUGACAAAUCCUGACGUGUUUCAGCCCAGUGGCAGGCUGCUCAAGUGUAGUACGCAUGCUAUCAAAGAAAUGUACCAAUGCAGCGAGAUGUAAAAGAAUCACACUGUCUGGAACUGUGCCAGCGGUGGUUCAUGGUUUUGUUUCACAUCUGCUUAUUUUAUAAUGUGGAGGAUGUCAGAUUUAGAUCUCUUACUCAGCUUGGCUUGUGAUUCAAUUCAAAGCAAGUGAGGCUGAAUUCAGAAAAUAGUGAAAAAGGAGGGUUCUGAUAUAUUCAUGACUCAUGGUUGUAGGUGUUUUUACAAAGACAGCAGUGUGUGUUGAAAAGGUUGUUGCAGAUUGUGUUAACAAUAUAGGAGUGAAUGACCUCUGUUUGUCCUCUGAAUCAGAUGUAUUUUGUCUCCCGGUUCAGGCAACGGGACGUUUGAAGAUCGGAACUUACACAGGACCUCUGCAGCACGGCAUCGUUUACUCUGGAGGUAAAACUUUCUGUAACAUCCGCUGUAGUUUUGUGUUUCGUUUUUCAGUAUGAAUGAUCACUUUUUUCUUCUGUUAUUUUGAAUAUCUUUUCUUCGUCUUCUCGAAGGUUCCUCAGAUAUUGUGUGCGACCUUUUGGGGGCCAAGGGGAAAGACAUAGUUUACAUCGGGGACCACAUCUUUGGAGACAUCCUCAAGUCGAAGAAACGUCAGGGCUGGAGAACGUUCUUGGUUAUCCCUGAGCUGGCCCAGGAGCUGCAUGUGUGGACCGAUAAGAGCUGUAAGUCUGGAGAUGAACACGUAACCAUUACGUACUCAGUGAAACAGAGAAUCACAUGAGUGUUUUUAUAUAUAGCUGGUUUCCCACUCAAGAGGGAUGCAGUGUAGUAAAAGAUAUCCGUGUCCACAGAAAGAACCAGAAGCAACCACUCUCCCUUUUUAAGUGUAUUUUGAUUGAUAUGGCAAAUGCAUCAGAGAGGGGGUUCAGUGUUCACAAAGCCUGAUUCUCGAUCUGCUAGUGUUGAAUUGUUCUGGUUCACCUUUUUACAAAGUCCCUCUGGUAUUAAGAUAAUGUAAACCAGGACAUGUUCAGAGCAGCAGCCGCAGUGCCAGACAUGCUUUUUACAGGAUAAGAUGUAAGAGAUGAGAUGCUUUUAUAUAUCAUUGGCACAAAGUCAUGAAUAUUUAUGCCACAGCAAACAUAUGCUAAGACACUCUGUACAUAUGCAAAAGAAAUCCAACAACGACAUCUUCUCUUGUCUUCCAGCGUUAUUCGAGGAGCUGCAGGGCCUGGACAUUUUCCUCGCAGAACUCUACAAGUGAGUUAUCACCUUCUUCACCCCCCCCUACCUCCUUUCACCAUAUCCCAGUUCCUUCCUCAUUCUCUAUUCUCUCCAGUAACAGCUGUGUGUUUGCAUCCGUGCGAGCAUGUGUUUGAGAAAGACAAACGGGGUCAACAGGGUAAAGUCUAAAGGGCCAGCUCUUGCAAGCUGCCUGAUAACCGUGCUCACUGACGAUAUUUAUAGCCUGGCACGACUUGCUGUUGCACAACGCCUUUGACACAUUACCUUUCAGCAAACUAACAUGAAACCCCCCCACCCCACCACCUCUCUUCUGUCUUUUCUCUCUGUCCCUCCUCAGACAUCUGGACAGCAGCAGCAACGAGAGACCCGAUAUAAGCACCAUUCAGAGAAGAGUCAAGGUACAGUCUUUAUCACCUUGGUUUCUAUGACGACAGUAAGCCUGUCCACGCACUCUCUACAGUGGCUGCCAGAGUUUUCAAAGCCCACGUUCACCGUGUGUGUUUGAUAUGGUUUAAGUGUGUACUAAAGUUCAAUCACAAGCACUUGUUCAGCUCUGCUCUUUGAAUCAUCCAAACAUUUACCUUUGGGGAUUAGGAUCAAAUCAUAACAGAGCUUUAUCGUUCAUUUGGUUCAAAUAUAUAUGGUGGACAGAGAUUUCUUUAUGGUAUGACUUUGAGGCUCAACAGUGUCUCCCUUCCUCUUUUCUUACUGUUUAGAAAGUGACGCAUGACAUGGACAUGUGCUAUGGCAUGAUGGGAAGUCUUUUCCGCAGCGGCUCCAGACAGACCCUGUUCGCCUCUCAAGUCAUGCGUUAUGCCGAUUUAUACGCAGCUUCCUUUAUCAAUCUGCUUUACUACCCCUUCAGCUACCUCUUCAGAGCAUCACAUGUACUGGUGAGUACGCUCUCUAAUCUAAUCUAAUCUAAUCUUUGCAUUUUCCUUUUAUGGAUACUGACGUUUCCUACCAGGGUCUCAAGAAUCAGAAUAUCUGUAGAUCUGUCACACAAAUCCAACACUUUUGUUGACGUACGAUGCUAAAUUAGUGCACUUCAAAGAUGAGAAUAUGUGUUAUAAUUGGAGGGGAAGGGACUUUAACUUUCAUCCAAUACAAAGGCUCCAUUUAUUUCUGGUGGCUGAGGUCAUGUCUGACAGAAAGGAGGAGGACCUCAGCACCUUCAAGUCUGGAAAAACGGUCUGAUGACACCGCUGUGCCCAGACCAGUUGUUAAAAUAAAGUAGUGUCUUUUCAAAGGUGCAUUUUCACAUCUUGUCCCUUCCUGUCCUCAGAUGCCUCAUGAGUCAACAGUCGAACACACCCACGUGGACAUUGACACUGAGUCUCCGCUGGCCACUCGCAACCGCACCCACUGCAGCGACUGCAAGGACCUGGACUGCAAACGCAACCAGCUGACGCGCUCCUUCAGCGAGAUCAAACCUCCAAACCUGUUCCCCCAGACUCCGCAGGAGAUCACUCACUGUCAUGAUGAGGAUGAUGAUGAAGAGGAGGAGGAGGAGGAAGAGGAGGAGGAAGAAGAAGAGGAGGAGGAGUAAUGAGAUGAAGUUGCAGAAGAAAGCCACAUACCUGUUUCUGAAUUUUUAGUAGAGUUGGGUAUUUUUCUCUCUGUCAGUGAGGCGAUCGGGAAAAGCAUUUCCAGUGUGUGAAAGUGUGCGUGUGUGUGUUUGUGUGUGUGUGUGUGUUCGUGUAUACAAACAUAAAGCUAAAACUUUACACACACAGACACACACACACACACUAAAGAUUUCUAAAAGUAAAGAGGACCAGUUAGACAGAUUGUAUGACUGUCAGAAGACUGUUUGCACGCCUCUUCCUCUAACUUCUCCCAGUUUCAUGGUUCAAAAACACUUAAUUGUUUGAAGUUGAUUUUAAUUUCAUUUCCUUUUUUUCUGUCAGACAUACAGACAGAGAGAAAAUCAUCUUAUGUUUCAUAAGCUGACUCUAAAGAUGUGUUGAUGGGCUGAAUGGAUGUGGUCAGAUUUGCACUUUAGUCCAUCACGUAUACCGUCAGUAAACUGUUGUAGUCAUAAAUCCCAGCAGACCGGCUUCUCUGACACAGUCUGAAGAUGAAAAUCAGAGAAGACACUCUACGGUUCAAAAUCAAAAAUGCACAUGCUGUAUUACAACAGACACUUUUUAUGCAACAUGGGAACAACAUUCACUUUGUGAUUUCUUUGGUUUGAUGAUGUGGGACUUUUCUUUUUUUUUGUGUCAUUUUAAGGGGGUACUUUGUUUGAACUUGUUUUAGGGCUGUAUGUCUGCGUGUGUGUGUCCUCACUCAGACUGCAGCAUCCUCAGUGACAGUAAGCUAAGGAUCUAUUGUACUAAAGUGAAGCACAGGAGCACUAAAGCACAAGCCGGCGUUAAACCCAUCACUAACCAGAUGUUCACAAGAGGCUCUCACACUGACUAUGUUGUUGCCAAGCGAUCGAGAGGACAGAGCACUGUAACUGUAUUGCAUCCCGAUAGAGUCUAUGGCAACCUUGAGCUCCAGUUGUGUUACUGUGAACAGCAAUCGGACAGUUUAACGUCACCAGCAGCGGCAAACAUGCAGUAUUUUCUCCAUUUGGUUCUGUUUGAAGAAGAAACUUGAAUAUUGCAUUCAGCCCGUUUAGAAGGAUUUUAUUUUGAUAAGGGAAAUGUACCAUAGCAGAUAGUUUUGACCAUUUUGAGCUUGAAUGUGGCCUCUAUGCAAGGAAUUGAGGCUUUGAGGAUGCCUUGUGUUCAGCUAAUUUCAUCAGUUAAGCUUAGAUUAAAAGUGAUAACCUGCUUUGUUUAUCUUCUUCUUCUUGGUUUUGGCUUUUCUCUUUUGUUUUCUUUUGUUAUGCAUUGUACUUUGAAACAGUGUGCCGACAGAAAGAGUGAAGCUUGAGUAUGCAAAUGAUUCUUCUGUCGGCCAUUGAACACUGUGAAGUGACCACUGGUGACGGGGUUGGUUCUCGCUUUGUCACUCGUUCAAAACUGGAUGAAAAGAGACUCUGAUGUUAAGCACUUCACUUGCAAAUGUCAAGUACUUGUCAACAAAAGACAAGCUCCUUGAUCCGAAGCCCCUCAAAGUUUUUGAUUACUUUUCAUGUGCGAAACUACCUGAUACUGUUCAUAAAAAGAUCUUAAUCUUCAUGAAAAAUGCACCAUCAGGACAGUGACCCAUGUGGUGUGACUUCAUUAACAGUGUCCAUGCUGCAGAUGUUUUAGAUUCAACCACUGAAACUCUGGGGAAAAAGUUAAAAUAUGUAAAAUCACAUAUUGAUUAAAAAAAGAUAAAGAGAAAUGGAGACAGUUUUGCCAGGCUUGAAUUCCUCCUAAAAGAUGAAAAAAAUCAUGAGUUUUUGUCUUUAACUGUUGUGUUGUCAAGAAAUUGGCUGGAAAAGUUGCUUUAAAUUGGGAUUGAUGGAUGAUUAGUGACCAAACUCUCCAUGAAGGAUGUGACAAAGAAGAAAAGAAAAACAGGAAAUCCUUCACAUAAAAGAUUCAAGACGGGGAUAUCCCAGGUGUAUCAUCAGCCCUUCCUUUAUUUUAAACAUCCUGAUUUCACCUUUUAGUUUCAUCCAGUUCAACCUGUUUGUUCACUUUUUCACACCUUGACGAUAUCAUAUCAAGUCUGGACUCGUCACGUCAGUCCUGUCGGUGUCGGAUCGGCUCGUUGAAUUGGGCCUCUAAAGGGAAGGAUCACGUCAUUUACUGUUUGCGAUUUUUUUUCUUUGGUUUGAAGUGGUUUGGAAGGAUGAAUGUGUUCAAAUGCAACUCUGUGUGUAGAUCCAUAUGAACCCUGGUAAGACUUUAAGAAACAACAGCAUUUAGUAGACUUGUAUCUGUCUUACAAACACACAUUUAUAUUGUGAGUUUUAUUUCUGUUUUUUUUUUCUUAACAUAGAAUAACUGGAUAUGCUACAUGAGGCAGCUGCAUUUGAAAAUAGGAAACAGUCUACUGACUUUACUUUGCAUAAUCUGCAUAUGCAUGUGAAAAAGAACCCAAGCAUAUCCAUUCUGCCAAGGGGGUUAGGGUAGCAUUGGUUUAACUUCUGUGUGGACUGCAUCUUUUAGGAACUUUGACAUCUGUUGCUGUAGUUUACAGAGAUAAAAAAAGACUUCUGAGCUGUAAAAUAAUACUUAAAAUGAAGGGAAGCGCGAUAGCAUGUCCUAUAACAUAAAGUGUCGCCUGUUAAUAACACCAUGGGUUUAUUUUUAUUUUUCUAAGCUAGUGUUUUUAAUGGUCCUGGUUUACAGAACUGUAAAUAGACAUUUCCAUUUCCUUUUCUUAUCAUUUCUUUCCAAAUAAUUUUUGUUAACUUUUAUACUAUACCAUAGAGGGCUUCUUUAGACUUUCAGAUAACUAAAGCCUGGCUAACAGGUGAAAGAAAUCUAAGGAUUUAUAUCUAUGGUUGUGAUGCCCACAAUGCAAUCACAUUGAGGUGCCAAUCAAUCGACUUUCAUUUUCUAAUCCAUAGUAACCUUUUGUUUUUAUGCAUUUGGAUACAAGUUCUCCUGGACAGUGUUUUGUUUGUUUCCAGAAACUAUCCUUCAUACUGUACAUUGAGGUAAAUUACAUAAAAAUGUAGAAUAAAGAUAGUUUUUCAUAUUUUU